AUGACCGGUGUCAACAAAAUCUGUCUUUGGUGUCCAAUAGGGCAAAGAACUCCUGACAGAUGCAGUCCGGAGAACCACAAGUUAUCGAAUUCUUCCCCAAGUGCCUCGAACGAAGGUUCUACACAAUCGUCUGGUUUAACAUAUGAUGCUUCUGGUGCUAAGGAUGAAUCUCAAGGUCUUGCAGCUCCGUUGAGAGAAGAUGCACCAUGGAAUGUUCGAUAUAAAAAGACCGAAGAAACUCUUGAGAAUGUUCUCGUGAAGAGAUUCAAAGACCCGGCAUUGGGAGGUCGCAGCAAUUUGACAGUGUUUCCGAUUACUUCGGCUGUGUCGAAACGUCUAAUGGUUCCGUGGCUGCAAGCAUGA